CUGCACUCUCCUCUUAUCCCUUCCCCCAACGAUCCAAGAUCCCCCCCCAAAACCUCAAUCAAUAAAAUUCCAUCCCCAAUUCGAAGCAAAGAAUCUCUCUCUCUCUAUAUAUAUAUAUAAAUCUUGAUCCGCCAUUUUCUCCUCUCUCUGGCGAACCGAUUUGCUAGGGUUUUACCAUCAUGUCUUCAGGAAAAGCAGAUGAUAAAUCGAGCUCGUCGGAGAGCAGGAUCCCUGGAGUCCCUUUCGAUUUGUCGGCCAUGCAAGAUAUUCUCGAUGAUCCGUCUAUAAAAGACUUGGCAGAGCAGAUAUCAAAGGACCCUGUGUUUAAUCAGAUGGCAGAACAGCUUCAGAAAAGUGUUCAAAAUGUGGGGCCAGAUGGGGUCCCACCGAUGGAUACCCAGCAAUAUAUUUCUACCAUGCAAAAGGUUAUGCAAAACCCUCAGUUCAUGACAAUGGCAGAACGGCUGGGAAAUGCACUGAUGCAGGAUCCUUCUAUGUCCGGUAUGCUUGAGAGUUUUACUAAUCCGAACACAGAACAGAUCGAAGAAAGGAUGGCACGUAUGAAGGAAGAUCCAUCUCUGAAGCCAAUUCUUGAUGAGAUAGAGACCGGAGGUCCUGCUGCAAUGAUGAAGUACUGGAAUGAUUCUGAAGUUCUUAAAAAGAUAGGCCAAGCAAUGGGAGUGCCCACAUCAAAGGAGGCUGCAUCAUCAACGGAAGUUUCUGGACCCCAAGAAGCGGAAGAGGAAACCGGAGAUGAGGAUGAAUCAGUUAUUCAUCACACUGCUAGUGUUGGCGAUGUUGAGGGCUUAAAAAGUGCACUUGCCGCUGGAGCUGACAAGGAUGAAGAAGACUCUGAAGGAAGAAGGGCUUUGCAUUUUGCAUGUGGCUUUGGCGAGAUAAAAUGUGCUCAAGUCCUUCUUGAGGCUGGAGCUGCUGUUGAUGCGCUGGACAAGAACAAAAACACUGCUCUUCAUUACGCUGCAGGUUAUGGACAAAAGGAAUGUGUAGCUCUUCUAUUAGAGAAUGGUGCCGCAGUUACUCUGCAAAAUUUGGACGGAAAGACUCCUAUUGAUGUUGCCAAGUUGAACAACCAUGAUGAGGUACUGAAGCUGCUCGAAAAGGAUGCAUUCUUGUAAUCUACAUCACAUUAUUGUUUGAAUGUAUGUGAAGUUUGAUGCUUUCGAGUUCAGCGUGGGGGCUUGUAGUUAUUAGUGUUACUCUUCUAGUUGAAUUGUGUACUCUCUUAUGUGAGUGAAAAACUUAUGAUAUUUGGACGGACCGUUAGAUAUACUUGGUGCUUGUCAUGUCAUGUUGUGAACGGAAUUGGUUUAUAUUCAUUUCUCAGUCCUGGGCUGUGCUACAAUAAUUGUUUGUAAAAAGUUGAGGUCAUCAUUAUCUGGUUU